AUGAGAUCAAAUUGGACAACCGAUUUAGACAUAGAAACGCUGGAAUCGCAACGAAGUUGGGCAACCCUUUCUGAAGUACAAUCCGUGAUUCUGAUUCCAAUUCACAAGGAACGUUACCAAUCUGUUUUAGAAAUGUACAUGGAAAAUACUGAUUCAGUAAAGCCUUGGAACGUAACGUUUGCCUCUUGGUUCAUCGCAGCAUACCUGUUUCUCAAAGUGAAAGGUUGUCAGCCUAUGACGUACCAGCAUCUAACUCUUCGUAUGUUUAGAAGUGCAAGAAAAAUGAAGGAAUGGUAGAUCAGAAAAUUUUCAAGACGGCUAAAAGAUACGGUUUCGAUAGCGUCUACUUCGUCGAGGUUAACAUAAAAUUUUUAGAACAAUAUAUUAACUAUGUCAGACUCCUUUUAAAUCCUAUUUGCAAGUAUAUUUUAGUCAAUCUUAAUGGGAAACAAUUUCAGAAACUUACAGACCAUUUGAGCGUGUUAAGGCGGAUUUCCAGUCCUCGCACGAAGCUCCUCGCAGCUCGCUGCGUUGAAUCUAAUUAAAAUUAACAGUUCAGCAUUGUGAUUGAAUAAAAGUGCUCAUACAUGCACUCGCAGCGAGCUGCGAGGAGCUUCGUGCGAGGACUGAACAUCCGCCUUUAGUCUUCGAAGCCAUCGGAAAGUACAUCCACCGUACUAGGUACGAACAGAUAAUUGAAACCGAAAGCUGCGUGGCACUGCUACCAAAUGAGCAAAAGUGGAUAUCAGAAGACCAAAAACACAGCUCGAAUGUUGUCCGUGUUCGCUAUAAAAAAAAACGCUCUCGCCAAGUAGCAAUCCGAGGACGCUGAUAGAUGAUGCAUGAGAAAAUUAGUCGAGACAGAACGUAGGAUAGUGAAUAACGCCUUGAAUAACAACGUGGAAAAUCAUAGCGAUGUAACUAACUGUUUUCAUGGACCGGUUCCAGAAAACGACAACGCCACAGAUAUUGCGACUAGUUCGAGAGAGAAAGCGUUUCAGCGCCGUGCUGGUAUCCGAUUCACAACCGAAAGGAUGAGUACAUUAAAAUUGGCAUGAACAAAUUUGGCCGACGUUGUUUCAAGAUGCUGCGUCAUCCGAACUUUACUUUUAAUCCCUGUUGAGUUCCAAACACUUUGCGAAAAAGGGAAGAAGCGUUAAAGUUAGUGCGAUUUGCAAGAGUUUAUGAAAACCAAUGCUUUGCAUGAGUUCAUGAAAACAUUGCGAUAGAAUAUAGUUGUGUAAAUAAACGAAUAAAAUACACUUUCCCGUUUUUGCGUUUCAUCAAUUUUUACUGUAGUACAAUAGUUCAAACCAAUCCCGGACCCGAUAGUUGGCUUAACUUUUCGUAUUAGAACGUUAAAAAUUUAAAGUCAAAAUAUCGUGACUCUACCACAAAUUGCGUCCUGAAUAAGUUAUCCUGUCUACAAGAUGUUGUUUAUGGCAACAGUAUUGAUGUUAUUGCUUUGACAGAGACUUGACUGUCCAAUCAUGUACGAAAUGAUGAAAUUUAACCGGUUGGAUACAAGUUAUUUAGGCGUGAUGGACCAACGGGCAAACGGGGAGGUGGUGCAUUGUUAGCUGUGAAAUAUUCUGUCAGAACUGAGCCAGAUUCAUUGGAACUUGCUUCUGUUGUGAUUAAUUCGUCGUCUAAAAAUGUUCUAGUCGCUGUGUGUUAUCGCUCUCCUUAUUCCUCAAUUGAUUUCCUGCACGAACAGAACCGUUUCUGGAAAUUUGUUGCUGAUUCUCAAUUUAAAGAUGUUGUUUUAAUGAGCGACUUUAAUUAUCCCAAUAUUCAAUGGUCUGGCAGAUCGAUACUUUCUACCAUAGGAUCAGCAAUUGGUUUUAUCGAACUUAUCACUGAUUUUAGUUACUUGCAAUUAAUCAACUCAUCUACUCGUGGCCAUAAUCUCAUUGACUCGGUUUUCAAUACGAAUGAACAUUUGACUGACAACUUUGAAAUUACUGAUGAUGAUUCCAUUUCUUUAUACUCGGACAACAAAGCUAUAUCUUUUGACUUAAAAUUGCAUCAACGUCCAAAACAAUCCACCGAGCGAAUAGCUUAUAAUUAUUCAAAGGGAGAUUUUGUUGGCCUCCUAAACAGUCUUCAGAAUGCUUCUUUAGUGGAUUUAGUUCGCAAUCACUGUGACAACAUUAAUGUUGCUUGGUGCAAGUGGACAGCUGCUUUCCUUGCUGCUUCCGAUUGUUUUAUUCCGAAAACCUCGCUCAAGCUUUCCUUCACGGCCUCCUUAAUUUAUUAAUCACCAAGGAUCUAUUUCACGCCAUCAACAUGAAGGAGUCCCUAAGGAGAAAAACAAAGGCUAAGAACUCCCCUAAAUUGUGGGAGAAAUUUUGCAAGACUCGGCAAUACGUCAAAUGUUGGAUUAAUGCCAAGAAGAGAGAAUACUUAUCUGGAAUUUCUCAUCCUUAUACAAUAACUCUAAAUCAUUUUGGAGAUUUUUGAAGUCUAAAUCUUAAAAAUCUUCCAUAUCUUAUGUCAUUAACAUAGGGGGUCUUAAACUAUUCUCUUCUGAAGAAUAGGAUGAUGCUUUUAUUACUUAUUUUGCUUUAGUUUUGACCUCCGACUCAAAUUCUUCUUUACCUUUAAUUUCUCCUUCGCAGUCAUCAUCAAACUUCUUGACUCAAUAACUGUUUCUGAAUUUGAAGUUCUAUCACUGUUUGUCACCUUCUAAGGCUACUCCGCCUGAUGGCAUACCAGCUUAUCUGUUAAAGCGCAGUGCCGAAGUCAUUGCUCCGUCUUUAACAGUUCUCUUCGAGUUAUCUCUUCUGCAGGGUGCAUUUCCUUCUCAAUGGAAAUAUGUUAAUGUCGUUCCAAUACCUAAGAAAGGUGACGCUCAUGAAGUCACCAACUACAGACCUGUUUCAUUACUCUCCCGAGUCUCAAAAAUACUUGAACGCUGUAUUUUUGGACAGGUUUCUUCUUUCAUUAAGGACUCUUUAUACGACAUUCAACAUGGAUUUCGCUGCAAUAGGUCAUGUGUUACUCAACUUUUGAAUGUGUUUCAUGAUCUCGGUCGUGCUCUUGAUUCUGGCAAUGAAAUUGAUCUUCUUUAUCUUGAUUUUGCUAAAGCUUUUGACUCCGUAUUUCACAGCAAACUCUUGUUUAAACUAAACUAUUUUGGAAUUUCCGGUCAACUUCUUAACUGGCUCGCUGAUUAA